GUGUCCAUUCUGGGAAUUAGAACGUUCAACUUUUCAAGAUUGCCAAAAAGCAGAAAUAACAAAUACACAAUCCUUAAACUUGCGCUUAGAAGCUACCUCAAUUUAUUUAUCGAUAAUUUUGAUAAUCUGGAUUCGGAUCAAAAGCAGCAGUCCAAAGCUGAAUCAAAGCGGGGGAAUGAUGGCGGACUAAUGGGGUUUAUUAUGCGUUUUGUGUCGACCCUAACGCUGGAUAGUGCGGAUCCUAUUGAAAAGCUAAAGGGAUUGAUUUCAAAAGACCAUAAGCAUUUUGAUUAUGAAGACAUUGGAAACUUCAUGGAGGUUGGUGGUUGUGAUAAUAUUUUAGACAUAUUUCAUAUUCCGGUUUUGGUUCAGUUUGAAAACUUUGAGCAGGAUUUUGAAAAUGAAUUAUUUUCAGACAACCAAACUUUAGCAAUUUCUGAAAAGGAAGUGUAUUCACUCAAGAUUCAUCAUAAGCCUAUUGAAAACCAUGAAAAGAAUAGAAUUUUAAAAAACUUUAUUGUUUCUGAGAUAAGCUUUUAUCGUCAACUGAAAGAGUACCAAGAUGAGAGCUUUAAGAAUAUUGUAAAGAUAUACGAGGAAAUUGCUGAAAGUCUGUUAAAACAAUUCUUUAAUGCAGACCUGACAAAUAUUACAGCAUUAUUUGAUAAUGCCGAAAAUCCCCCAGCGAUUUCAUCCAGCUGCAUCGCCAAGAUAUAUCUGGACAACUUUGACUCGUUCUUUACAUAUUUUAGCUUUAUUACUGCGUUUGAGCGUGUGCCAGCUGACAAUUACGAUUUGAAGAUGAAAAUGACAGAUGUCUUGACCAAGUUAACAAGCUAUUCUAAAGCUUUCAAUAAUAUUUGUGAAAUAGAUGACACAAAUGAAGCCAGAGAACUCUCCCUGAAGUUUUAUAGAUUAAACAGUCUCUUGAAUGAGCAUUCUGAGAAGCAUCACUUAGCAUCAUUCAACAACCUUAGAAAGAUGCUUUCAAAGAAAAAUUCUAUCCUUGAAAACGAAGAUAUCUUGUGUGCAGUAAACUGUACAGACCUAAAUGCAGAUGCUAGAUAUAGAAUACUGCUAUUUACCAAUCAUAUAGUUGUGGUCGAUAAACAUAACGAUGCAAAGAUGACCUCUAGAAUACACAAUGUUGACAUCGUACUCUACAACAAGUUCCUAUACUUGAUUUUGCCCGAAAAUAUCAAACCUCUCCUUCAAUUCCAGAAAAUAGCGAAGGAAUAUAAGCUUGACCAAGACAACACUUCUAUUGUUGCAUUUAGAUCGUUUAACAGAGAGGCUACUGAAAAUUUCCGUGAGAGGUAUUACCAGGCAAAGUAUAAACUCAAAAAGAGGGAUGGAUAUUUCUAUUGCUUCUUACAUCCCACAGGCCAUACUUGUGAAGACAGCUUGGAUAAAAGUACCAGUGAUUUCUCAACUGAUACCUUUCAUGAUAGAAUUGUUGUCUCUAGUCUUGGAGACCCAGAACCUGAUCAAGGUAUUCAUCGGAAUGUAAAUAAUGAAGAAAUGGUGCAUUGUGUAAAAAUAGAGGACUACUGUUUUCGAGUCGGUGGAAUCGAGAAACUUACACAAAAGGAGCUUUUAGAGCGAAUAAACGAGAAGGUUAAGCAGAAACGAAUAGAGGUGAUGAAUAUUUCCAAGAAUCUCAACACAAUCAUGGCAAUAAUAAAGCAUGCGGAUGAAAGUAGAUUAAAGCUCACCAACAUAGAUGUGUAUCCUGAAGACGAGGUGAUGUUCCAGAGAAAAAGAGAAGUUUUUGAGCAAAUCUGUAGCACGAUUUUGAAGUCAAGUAACGAGCCGGACCAAAUGAAAUAUUCAGUGGAGAAUAUUGUACAGCUGUUGGAAGAAUCAAUCAUCAACGAAUGCAGUGACGCAAAUAAGCAUUACAAUAGAGUGUACUACACGUUACUGUAUUCCCAAUCAGGCACCGAAUGUAUAUCCUACUUACCAAGUUUGGAGGAUAAGAUAGUGUUGCUGUGCAUGUUGGUACACAGAAACCUGUACUAUUUCUUUGAUUCCGAGGAUCUGGAAAGGUUAAAUGAAAAUACGAUUCAUUGGGACCCAGCUGAGAAAAUGAGGGGGUUCAAGAGCUAUACGUUGGAGUAUUUCAAAAAAAUUAUUUCUGUCAUCAAACACCUUCGUUAUAUUGGCAAGGACGUAUAUAAAGAGAUGCUAGUCCGAGUGAUGCUCGCAAAGCCCAUCAUUUAA